AUGUCUACGUCAACUGUUCGGAUAUUCGAGGAACGAAUGGAUCCCGAUUUGCGCAAUCGAAAAAUACUUCAUGGUUAUAUGCCAUUAGCAGAUGCGAAAACAGUACUCACAAAGGAGGGUGAUUACUUACUUCGACUAAUGGGUUAUAAAGGUCAGCUCGUUUGUGUCCUCUCUGUUUACCACAAUGGUGAAGUAAUAACAGUAUGUAUUAAUCGCAUGAAUAAAUUGUAUUUCUUCAAUGAUGACUAUAAGGAUCAUAGUAUAGGUUCACUACUACACUGGCAUCAAAAUACGAAGACGCCCGUGACACCGAAACAAAUUGUUUUGAAGAAUCCGAUUUUUCUUGCAUCUUGGAAUUUGAUGCCAUCUUGUAUUGUACGGUUGCUCAGAGAUAUUUCUGAAUGUUACCGGAUGAGAACUUAUGAAGUGCUUGUUUGUGUUGAAAAAGAAAAAAUUCAAGCUGCAGCCAUGCUGCUUACAAGUAAGCAGUUAGUAAUAGAAAGUAGGAAGCAAUUCUUGGCUGAAGCUCGCAUUUUUAUUUAUAUAUGA